AUGUCUGGCUUGGAUGAAUUGGACAUCGCCAAGCACCUCGUUCUACACGACCCAAUAUAUGACCCCUAUGGAAAGGACAGGUUUAGCCUAUCAAACCACAGAGGGCCGAACACCUACCUGCUCUCGGACAAGCACAAUCUCGACGACUACAUCAUCUACUAUGAGCAAAUGAUUGACCCCGACUUCGAUACCGCCGCAUGGCUCACGGAUCUGAAGCUAAGGAACUACAGGGACCUAAUGAGAACAGCGUCGUCGUCCAAGGCCUCUUGGACAGGACUCACAGUAAAAGAGCAGUGUAGCCCGGCCCCUAUGGACUGCAAUAUUGACGAUACCCUCUCUGAUCGUCAGCCUAAUCCUCCGUUCAACGCUGAAGACGACCUACCUGUCCUCCUUGACAGUGAGUUGUCCGACGACGAAAGCCAUAGGGACACUGAAUCUCUGGACGAUGAAGAACCCCCUGUAGUUGAAUCAUUAUACUGUGGGGGAAGCUCCAAUAAACAAAGCGACCUACCAGAUUUACGAACCCUGCAACAACAGGCUGCCCGACUGAAGAUGACGUCUCGGAUCCUCCCUCGAUCAAUUGUCAUAAUCGUUCUCGUAAAUGCACGACCCUGUCGAGCCCUACUGGACUCAGGGUCAUUGACUGACUUCAUAUCCACAACCAUUGUCGAUCAAUUGAAAUUGAAGUACGACGUACUCGAGAAGCCAAUCCCCCUUCAACUCACCUGUCUCAGGCUCACGUAG